CGCCAGCGCCGACGGGUACAAUGUCACUGGAGAGAUGUCAAAGUGAAUGGACAGAAAUAGAUCAAGAAUAUCAGCAAUUGCAGGAAACGCACAAAGUGUACAGACAGAAGCUGGAAGAGCUGACAAACCUGCAGGCGAUAUGCAGCAGUGCCAUUAGCAAACAAAGAAAAGCCCUGAAAGACCUCAAGCAAAGUCUUCACAAGUGUAAGAAAACCUGCGAUGAAAAAGAAUCGGAGGUGAUUAAUGACCUGCAGGUCCAAAUUAAAGAAAGGCAAAAUGUUUUUUUUGACAUGGAGUCCUAUUUGCCAAAGAAAAAUGGAUUGUACUUAAAUUUGGUCCUUGGAAAUGUGAAUGUCACGCUCCUCAGCAACCAAGCCAAAUUUGCGUACAAAGAUGAAUAUGAGAAGUUCAAACUUUAUAUGACUAUAAUACUAAUGUUUGGUGCCGUCACCUGCCUCUUCCUUUUCAACUACCGAGUUACAGAUGAAAUCUUCAACUUUUUAUUGGUGUGGUAUUAUUGCACAUUGACAAUAAGAGAGAGCAUCCUCAUGAGCAAUGGGUCACGAAUUAAAGGCUGGUGGGUGUCGCAUCACUACGUCUCAACCUUUUUAUCAGGUGUUAUGUUGACAUGGCCAGAAGGUUCAAUGUAUCAGAUGUUCAGAAGUCAGUUCCUGGCGUUCUCCAUCUAUCAGAGUUGUGUGCAGUUUCUACAAUAUUACUAUCAGAGCGGCUGCUUGUAUCGAUUACGGGCUCUGGGGGAAAGAAACCAGCUAGACCUGACAGUGGAGGGCUUUCAGUCAUGGAUGUGGAGGGGGCUUACGUUCCUCCUUCCGUUUCUAUUCUUUGGCCAUUUUUGGCAGCUGUACAACGCUGUGUCCCUUUUUAACCUGUCUGCCCGUGAUGACUGCAAGGAAUGGCAGGUGUUCAUGCUGGCCUUGACGUUUCUUAUCCUGUUCCUGGGAAAUUUUCUCACUACUCUAAAAGUGGUCCACCAGAAGGUCCAGAAGAACACAGAAAAGGUGAAAACUAAUUAACCAACUGGAAGAUUUCAUACGCAGCGAGGCCAGUGUGGAACUCAAAGAACUGAACUGCGGAAGCGCACAAAACUGUUUCGUUUUUCCCACGAGCUGUUUGGAGAGGGUUGAAGGUAGAUGUUGACGUCUGCCUUGACUUAUUUCAACAGCGGCAGUGGAAACUCAAGAUUGUGUUACGUUGCCCUAUCGCCUGCCGUGUUGUUUUUGCUUAUAUAUAUGCAAUCACAGCAAUUAGAGGGUAAUGUUUGGGUUAGAAGCCACUGACAACCGUCAGACACUGUAAAUGAGGAGACUUUGAUUCACGUUUUUUGUUCCUGUGCAUGGAUAUGUUUACAAUAAGCCACAUUUCAACUUUAUGCAACACAGCAGGAAGGCUCAGCUCAUUGCAGCAUCUCAAAGGGAUUUGUUAUGGUUUUUAAUAAACCUGGAUAGUGAUUAAAGUACUUGUUCUGCUACAAGACAUUUUAGCCUAAGCAUAUGUUACAUAUUUGUGGGAAAGAAUUGAUACGAUGGUACUUGAAGAGAAAGGUGUGUUUUGCACGUCGUGGCUUGUUAGUAUGGUGAUUGAGCAAGGCCAGAUAUUUGAAUUAAGGCAACAUGAUACCGGGAAAAUGUGGAUUUAUUUUAUUAACGAUGGCAAUAAUGCUUCUGUAACACUUCAUAGUAUAGACCAUUUCACAAGAUGUAAACAACACUGGUCCAGAAGAACUUCCUGUUUCAGUUUUUUAACACUACAAAAA